AGUUUAAUCGUUUCGACAAAACCAUUAUCUUUCUAGUAAUUGGCUAACAAAGCUUCAUUACAGUGCAUUUCAUAGCAAUGUCAAACCUUAGAGCAAGUGAAAUUGGAACACAGGAUAAGUCUGGGUUUUCACUAACCAAGGCAGUGGAGGAUGUCAGCCAGCACAGCUGUGCCCAGACUGAGGCCCUGAAAGAGAAACAGAAGACACUCAUCUCCCUGCAGGCGACUCUUUCAGAGGUUGAGAAGAUAGGUGGGACGGCAGAACAGGAGCUGAGAUCUAAAGUGAGGGAAUUCCUAAUGCUUGAGGGUGAGAUGGAGCACCUGGAGCGGCAGACAAGAGUCCUGCAUGACCACUGUGCAUCCAUCCGCAAAGAAAAUACAGAACUCCAGAUUGGUAUAAGCGAGGAGGAGGAGAAUGCUCGCAUGGCACUGGCAGGGUUCAAAGCUUACCGAAACAAGAUGGAGGUUCACAGAGCAGCUGUUUUGCAUGCGGCGAGCCAGACAGAGGCCCAUAAAGAGCUGGAGGAGAAAAGAGCACUGGUCAGGAUGCUGACACAGAAGAAAGAGGAGCUGAAGGUAGAUUUGGAGGAUCCAAAUGGAAACACGGUGCAAAUGGCAAAGAGUGAGAUUGAUGCUCUGAAGGGGGAGAUCUCUUUGAUGAGGGAAACUAUAGCUAAAACAAGAGAGAAAGUGCAAAAAGAGCUUGAGACUCAUACCCAGAUAAAGAAAGACAUAGAGAUCCAGAACAGGCGCUAUGAAGCCAUUGUGAAGCGCCUCCGCUGCCAACUGAGCAGGGCCCAGGCUGCCCACAGGCAAAUGUCUGAAGAUGUCUACCACAUGGAGAGAGAGCUCGCCCAGCUCAAAGGGCAACUGAUGUCAUCUCAGGACUCAGCGGAAGUAACAGGUUGCUGUUACUACAAAUGAACAGCUGGGGGCAGCAGUGUCAACUAGAAAUCUUACUGUUAACUAACUGUCUAUCUAUCUGUUUUAUUUCAUCACAAAACCCUCACCUUGACUGUUAAUUCCCAACAUACAGUAGUUUGAUAAUAACAUUUAUUACCGAAUGUGUUCCUUUAAAAUGCACAACGUUUUGUCAGAGAGAUAACAGUAGAAGUAUUAAAAUGUUUUGUCUGUUAUCGCAUUUUUUUAAAAUUUCCUUUGAUAACAGGGCGGCUGUUCUGAGACUAAAUUGCAGGCAACAUCAGCCUGGCGUGGGAUGGGCUCUUAGGUCGGGCUGUGACAGUUAAUCGGUUUGUCCAGUCAGUGUCCACAACAAUGACCCAUGCAGAACAGAAGCCAAGUGUCUACUCUAACUGUCAGUGUGAUGGUGUUGUUUUGGUACACGCUGUUCCAGCUUCUGCUUCACUGGGUCGCUUGAUGGUCUGCGAGGUGACAGUCCCACUGCCGGCUAACAAGGGCGUGACUGUGCUACUUCAACGAUAACUCGAAACUAAUAAAACAAUGAAACUGCCUUUUCAGAAAAUUGUUGUCAUGUCAUGUCAUGAAUGAGAUUACAUUGCGCGGGUACUUUUUUUGUGCAGAUUUGUGUUGAGAUGAUGUGUGUGCCAGCUUUCCAAAUCUUACCUGGCAUAAUUAGUCAACCAUUAAAUAGCAAAAUGACCAAUUUCAAGACAAAUGCAUGCAACUACAGUAUUUGACAUCUAAAAACAAUGAAUCUAUAACAUAUUUGCGGUAGGUAUUGAGCACCAAACUGUGCGUGUACUAACCCACAGUACCUACAGCUUUAAUAUACUAUUAGGGAGUCUGGUUGAAUGUGUGGGAGGUGAAGGACAACAUGUGAUGAUUUACCCAAUAGUUAGGAGUGUUUUCAUUACCCACUCACAACCACAAAUUGUAGUUUAGUGGGCCAUUUCCUUAAAGGUGCCCUUGGGCAAUCUAUCCAGCCAGUCUGGCUGCCUGCUUUACCGCAGUACUGAUCUGUCUGGCUGACCUUAUUAGCAUGUGCUCUGCCUGACAGCCCUCUGCUCUGUCCUGUUGGCGCUGCUUAGUCCCCGGGCCCCUCCACUCAAGCUGUCAAAACACGCAAUCACAAUAUUACACGCAUAAAGUCAAAUGUGCAUCAAACUGCCCAAAACAUCCUCUUAGAAAGUGGAUGGACAGUAUAUAUAGAAAGAAACAUACUGCAAUGUCACUGGCAGAAGGAAUUUAUGACC